UUCGAACGAGCAAAGAUCGGGCGACGGUUUUCGAAACGAUUACGAUUAGAUGCUGAUUCUAGUUGGUGUAAACAUAAAGAUAUAAAAUCCUGCUGUGCUGUGUUUGAAGAGACUUGUUCAAAGACUGUCGAAGAUAUGUGCAGUUCGAGUUGAAAAACGUUAUCGUUGUUAAAAAUUCAUGCGUUCAAGUUAAGUGCAGGUUUCCUUUUUGUGGAGAUAAUUAUUGCAGCAAUUGACGAUUGCGCAUCCCCUGUGCCAGAUAGUAGCGCUUGCAUUCCCGAAGCCUGCAGAAACCCGGCAGCAACCACUGGUUUCGAUUGCGACCAGAUAACGAUGAUCAUUACUUGAAGCCCGCACAGACCCAUACUACACUUUCUUAUUCGCACAGUGAAGGGGAUCGUCAGAAGAUGUUACAGUUGCUAAUAUCGGCCUGUCUGGUGACGUACGGCGUCUGUAGGCCUGAUGUUUCUCACAUUUUAAAGCAAAACAGAACGGGUAAGGCGUUUCAUCCACUGGACUAUUUGGCUGAACAGAAGCUCGAUUCAGGCGGCAAAGCCGCUCAGCGAAAUGAGUUCGGUAUCUUCGAUUAUUUUUCUGCUUUUAAUGAAUCAGAGGUUAAUAACCUUGGUGUAGGUUUACCGUUAGUGGCCAAAACUGGAAGUGAUCGAAAUGCUUGGGGUAGAGGGUUUAGAAAUUCAAUAAAACCUUCCCCUUUCAAACGAAAUGUGGUGCAAAAUGGCUACACUUACGAAAAACCAGCAAAUCCUUUGCCAAUAAAACCAAGUGGACCGUUGGAUUUUCCCAUUAAUCCCGAUGCGAAUCUGAUAAAGCCUGUGUCUACCCAGGCACCAGAAUAUUUACCACCUUUGCAGCAGCAACCAGCAGCUGGCACUACAAUUGGCUCUUCAACAACCGCCAGCACACAGACUCUGAAUACAAUAAAUGACUCAAGUAUCCAGAAGCAAAGUGCUAGGACACCAUUAACCGAUAAUACUGAAAGUGGUUAUGAUUCAACAACCACAGGCAUCGAAAAUCAAGAAUCUGAUAAAUUCACAUCUACUACAAGCAGCUAUAAACCGCAGGAAACAACACCGAGUGCAACAGCUCAACCUUUGAAUGUUGAUGGUUCACAAAACGUUCUAAAUAUGAACGGAUAUCCAGGACCUAACGAUUCAGAAUCAUCUACCGAAAAUGUAUUCACUGGAUACCCCCGCGGGCCUACAACUCCAAGUACAAGUCCAGUCGCACAAAGUUCUUUUAGUGAUUUCUCCCAAGAAACGACAGUAGUUCCGUAUGAUACUUCUGAUCCGACGGGAAGCUCUUCAACUGCUCAGCAAAAAAAUGAUAACGACCAGGGCUAUAACUACAAUAAACCUGUUAUACCUCCAAAUCUGAAUGAUGUAAUCGGUGAACCUGGUGAUAUUAAUGAACUAGCAACUACCACCCAAAGCACCACAACUACACGCAAGCUCAAUGGCUUGUUCAUCCCUCCUAAGCCCGUACCAGGAUUAGUAGUUCCAGAAACGCCAAGUACCGAGAAAACUCCAACGGUUACAACUGCAACAAUGAGACCAGCAGUAGAAACAACAACAGGUUUUAUACCUGCCCAGUCUAUGUCCACUGCUGCUCCUGAAUACCUACCGCCAGGCGAUUCAUCGGAAACUAACGCACCAUAUGAUUCCACGCAACAGUCGUCCACUGAUUUAACACAGUCUACUGUAGCAUUUGCUACGAGAUUGCCUGGUUCUGAACCUGCCACUCCCGCUCAAAUGACAACCAACACAAUUUUCAACAUGGAGAGUACUCAGACGGAAGGUUACACGAGUCCCGAUGAAGACGUGUCACCUUUCAGCGGCUACUCAACCAGUAGACCUUCAUCAGUCGGUUAUACCCUUCCGACGUCUGAUAUUCCAAGUUACUCUACAACAAUUCAUGUCUCUGAGUCAUCAUCUAGUCACGAGCAACCGGAAUACUCUACCACUGGACAUUCUGCAGGAACCACUGUUGGUGAUUUCUCUUCGCCAUCCUUUGCCAGCGAAUCAAAGAGCGAACCACAGUACUCAACAUCGACGUCAGCUGUAGGACAGUCAUCACUUUCUACAGCAGCUCCCGAGUAUCUUCCGCCGGAUGCAGACGGUACAACAGGUUACUUUUACCCACAAGCGAACACCUCAACAGUUUUUCCAGAGUACCGACCUGAGCGAACGGAUCUUCCCCCCAGCAAUCAACCAAGUUUGGAAAAUCUAGCCGGCUCAUCAAAACCCUCAAUGGAAGCAAUGCCAAUCAUUUCCGAAUGCAAUAACCUAGCUCCGGAUAUGAAUUCUCAGCCCAACUAUCUGCCUCCCGAUAUGGAAGAUAACACAGGGUUGCGGAUUGUAGUUGAGGAUUCGCCACUUAACGAUGGCAGUGUUAUUUUACCCCAGGAAAGGCACUCGAGCACCGCUGCUGAUACGAUAACUACGUACCAUCCGACAACAUCACCACGGACGACCGCCGCUAUCGAAUCCGAAGCGGAGGGCUCAGAGCUACAACCUCAACUAGCAGCCGCAGCUUCGGACACUAAUGAGGCAGGCUACAAUUACCAGGUUCCAGGAGAUAAGCUUCCGCCGCCGCCCGCUCCUGUGGUACCAUCACACACAUUGGAUGAUAGCGGAUAUCACUAUAAAAUCCCUAGUGUUCCUUUUCAGUAGUUCUGUUACAAACAGUGGACGCUCCCUAAUUCAUGUAGGUCAAUAAGCGCAUCGAACCAUUCACGCAUGUAAAUCUUUGGGAUGCCUUAUUUCGAUAGAGAAAAACUACGUGUGCAUCAAUUCAGUCGGCAGAAUCAUUAGUACUCAGUAAAGCCUCGUUUUUUGCUGGAACAACAGACGAACGUUUAGCGCCUCAUAAUUUAUUUCGUUUGCAUCGGCAAUAUUUUUCUAACGAUAAUUGUUUUUUUUUUCACCAUGUGGCUACAGCUACGUUGCAACUGGAGGCUGGAAUGGGUGAUGGGUGCUCUUGGAAGAACGAUUGUCAUCUUUGGCGGCGCGCGGUGCCACCGUGCGCUUCAGUCACCACUUAUGUAACUCGCAGUAAAAAUCGAACAAUCGAAUUCGGCGGCAGUUCGAUCGUGUCUUCUUCUUUAAUUGAAAGGUUUUGUUUGGGUACAUCGGCACUGUGGGUGAAAAAUGUGUUUUCAACUCAGCUUGAUGGAUCAAGAGAAGCCGCGGGUGAAGGGAAAAGAGAAAAUUGCAUACGAUCGUUUACCUGAGAGCUGUUUUGAGCGGGCUUUUACGAGCAACGACACUGCUUUGUCAUGCUUAAGCGAAGGUAAGUGUUAUGGGAAUCGAUGGCUUGCUUGAGUCUAGAGCGUGGUUAUGAGCAUUACUGACUGGGAAUUGGCUCAGAUUGCAAUGUUGUUGGGACGCUUUUUUUUAGAUAAAAUUGCAUGUCCCUGAAUCAGGAACUGUCAAUUCAGUUACUAGAUAAUUAAAUGCAAGCCACCGGGAUAGGUAGAAUCUGCUAAUAAGGCAUUUCAUAGAUCAUACACCCAAGAAGCAUACAAUUUACGAGAUAUAACUAACAUGCUAUGAAUGAAAAGUGAAGUAAAAGUCAGUAACAUGUAACUGAAUGAAUUUUCUGAUAAACCAAAUUCGAAACAGUUGCUGCUGGUAAACUUUUUGUCAGCAAAUAGAGUAAUAAUGUUGUCGUAAAUGACAUUUUAAGCAAAUCAACAAAUUUAUCUUUAUGGGUUGCUAUUUCAAGUACUAAGUACCUAAACAAUAAAACAUCUGACAGACAUUGAAUGCAUAAUAGAUCGUUAGAAAAAGGUUUUUUAUUCUCUUCGGCGUUUUCAAGCUGUGUGUGAAGUUUUAGAAAAUGGCAUGAUUCAUGAACACAAGAUUAAAAACUUUUUCGGUUGAAACCAGCCGUUAUGGGCAAGAAGGCCAUUAAAUUGUCAAUUAGAUUUAACUGCUCUGUCCUUGCCAUUAAGCUUAUUUAAUUGAUUAAGAUGUCGCCCAAACAUUUUUCCAAGUAGCCCGACAAUUGCAUACACUUUAAGUAGCGCUUUGUAAUGCAACAGCGUCGCAGCACUCCAUGUUAAUACCCAUAGCAACCGCUACCCGCACCAUCGCGUCCCUCAAUGAUACUCGGCUCGUAGACAGAAAUUACGCAUGAAGCCGAUUGUAGCGCCGUUAAAAUGAUAAAUCAUGCACCUUUAUAGACCAAACUCAUUUACCAGCAUCGUCCAUCCCAUCCCUUCUAGC